GGUGGUCGUGUUUUGGUUUUGAAAAUUUUCACUAUGCAAAUAUGAAUAAGAAGUACGAAAGUUUAUUUUACCUAAAACUUUUAGUUUAAACUUUGUUAAGUGUUUAAACAAUUAAGUAGUGUUUGGUGAUGUUUUUUAUUUGAAAGACUAUUUGUAUAAUGGACACUUUAGUAUAAAAUAAUGCAUAAAUACUAUAUCUCGGUGUUAUUAGUGCGCUUGGUUCUACCAGCGUCACUUCUUCUUGGUAUAGCACUGCGGCCAUUCGGCCUUUCUCUUAUAUAUUUGCUGCUGUACUUGAUAGCGCCGUUUCCACAAGUACCAGAUUCCAAAACAUUCCGAGGCUGCCGAGGCAAAUAUCUUCAACUCAAUCUUGUUGUCUCCGCGUUGCUUUUGCUAGUUCAUGCAAUAUGGCACAGUGUCCUGGCAGGUUUUGCGCCUUAUGGUUCUCUUUUCGACGAUUAUCCGAUCAUUCAAACGAUCGGAUUCAACCUCGGUCUUGUAUCAUAUGCGGGAAUAGAUCCACUUAUGGCAGUGCAUUAUCUUGCACCGGAGCUGGUUGUAAUGGGCACAUCAUUAGCAGUGAACUUGAUGGUGCGUACCCUUCUUGUUGGAUCUUCUAAUGAUGAAGUUAUUAGAAAAGAUUCCAAGCAUCAGCGGUUUCCUUUGCUCACAAGUGCAGGCAAAUAUCUCGCACUAUUACUUUUAAUGGCAUCCGGAAUAAUGCGUCCUAGUGUAACAUCAGGGAUAUAUUUCCUGGUGUUUAUGGGUGCGGCAACGGCUUGGGCUGUAGGAAAGCCCCUAGAACGUGGGUUCGCCGUGGUGAGCCGCUGUGUCAUGGCCAUCAUGGGCGUCCAUAUAGCAGUACUUCUUGUUUACCAGUGCACUUGGAUCAUAGACAUUUUUCCACCAGAGACGGAUAUGGCUAGAUAUUUUGGCCUCACAAAACUAGUUAUUCUUAACGAAACAGAUUCAUCGAAUUUUACGUAUGAAGUGACCGACGACCACAUGUGGGCUACUUUGGCUAGUCCCUUAGUGAUACUCUUUUCAUACUUUUUCCUCGCCAUUGAAACACGAGAACUCUUCAAACCAAAGGCGAAGAAAAAGAGUGCUUUAACUGGCCUCGAAGCGGGUAAACUGAACGGUUCUUUGGUGCGCGGCGUGUCCUUCCACCGCGGCAGCAGACACGCGCCGCGCGACAAGUGGAGGAACGCCACGAAGAAAGUUCGCCUCCUUCGUAACAUGAGCCCUAGUAAGCGCUGGUCGGGCGGCCGAGCCAGCUCUGUUACGCGUCAACUGCACCAAGACUCCACCGGCUCCGUCGUUGUACCUGAUGAAGAAUCAGUAAUGGAGAUAGAGGAGCCAACAUUAAUGGAUGAUAUUGUGGCUGCAGUCGUUGACUUCUUCCAAGUACUAAUCAGAUCUUCUUACAUAGCGACAACGAUAACAAUGAUGGCAUGGAGUAUAAUGUUCCACUCGUGGUUGACAUUUGUGUUCCUCAUGUGGGCAAAUAUCGUGUGGUUAUGCCAGGAUCAGCGAUCCUUUAUGUUGAAGACUAGUCCCGUGCUGGUUUGCUACGCAAUGUUACUGCUUAUCGCGCAGUACAUCUAUGGCAUGAAUCUUACGGAGAGCGAGCUACCGUCUAAUAUAACAGAGGUGAAUCUGCACCAGAUAGGCCUGGGCCGGGAGGAGGGCGAGCCGUGCGUGCCGCUUCUAAUCAAGUCGCUGUUCACGUGCAUGUUCUGGGUGACGCUGCGCCAGCGCGUGCAGGAGCUGCGGCGCCGUCGACACUCCGCCGUCGUCACCGACAUGGCGGCGCCGCUGCACCUCACCGUUUCCGCCGCCGCCACUGGUGUGGACGCUUCUCGUGAAGAGGAGAAACGGUCACGCUUGCUGGUAGCGCUAGGCGAGUGGCUGCGGGCUGCCUGCGCUCGAUACUGGAUAUACGUAGUUGUGAUCAUGCUCUUCGUGAUCGGCAUCACGGGCGAGCGAAUGACUAUCUUCAGGAUCAUAUACAUGUUCCUAUUCCUGUUCUUCAUACUCAUGUUCCAGAUAAGUUGGUACUGGUGGCGUCGUCUGAUGUACGUUUUCUGGAUAACAGUUAUUAUAUAUUCAAUGAUCAAUCUCAUUCUAAUUUAUAUAUACCAAUUUGAUAAUUUCUCGAAGACAAUAGAAACUUAUUUGAUGAUUAACGAGAGAUUGCAACAUGAUUUGGGCUUAGAGCCAUAUCAUCGGGCAGACUUAUUCGUAAAACUAUUAACGCCUACCUUGUUUCUCAUCAUUACAAUAAUGCAGGUGCACUAUUUCCAUAAGGACUUUAUGGCAUUAUCUGACCCAAAAACGAGGACAAAUAGUAUAGCUAGAGAAGUAGACUCAAGUAGGCCUAGUCAAGGCGGUACUUCCACUAUGAAAGAUGAUCUACCACCGCUGCCACUAGAAGAUAGACCCGCAAACGAGCACUCCGACAGUGACACUGAAGCGGAGCAGUCUAUAGGAACGUCUUCCUUCAAUACUGCUGCUCGUCGUUCUAUGUACAGGAAGUCGUCGCGCAGCCGCUCGUACGCGGCGCGGGAGCGCGUGUCGGCGUGGCGCGCGGCGCGCGCGUUCGCGUGGCGGCGCUGCGUCGCGCUGCGGCGCCGGCUGGCCGACUGGACCGACAAGGCCUUCAUCUUACUCGACAUACAUCUUAUCAAGAUCGUCUUUCUCUCGCUCAUGCUGCUCUGUGUCUUUAAUGUCUGCGCCAUGCACGUUCCAAUAAUGAUAAUUAUCGCACCGGCGCUGUUGCUAAGCUCUCGUAAGCAAAGAAUAUGCGUAUUGUUAAUAUCUACUCUAAUAAGUGUAUACUUUAUGGCGAAGAUGGUCUACCAAAUAGAGUAUAUAAAACAUUCAUUCUUUGAUGUGAACUGUACAAAGAUGGGAGAGAACAAUACAUUGAAUACGACAGUGUAUAACAACGCCGAAUGGGUUGGGUUCAGUAAGGCGACGUCGAAGCGACCUCUAGUGGUACUCUUAAAGGGCUAUAUAGGCCUAAUCGCUGUUUUCACCUUCUACUCGCUAGUCACAUACAGGCAACAAACACUCAGGAGCAUGGGUCUCCUACCGGCCAACAAGGAGAAGAUAAUGUUUCCAGAUGUCACCCGCGUAGACGCUGAUAAUAACCUGAUACAUUGCUUUAAAUAUUUAGUGAACUACGGCUUCUACAAGUUCGGAGUCGAGAUCUCGCUGAUGUGCCUGAUGGGCGUGAUCGGCUCGCGCAUGGACGUGUGCGCCGUGCUGUACGCGGGCUGGCUGCUGGCGCUGGCGGCGGCGCGGCGCGCGCGCCUGGCGCAGCUGUGGCCCGCCUUCACCGCCUGCGUCACGGCGCUCGUGCCGCUGCAGUACAUGCUGGCCGUGGGCUUCGUGCCGCAGCUGUGUCUGCGCUACCCUUGGGGCGGCAACGACCAGCAAAUGAAACAUAUCCGUACUUGGCUCUUUUUACCGUACGACGACGAGCCCCCGCAUGCGGUGAAGCUCAUCUUCGAUUAUUUCCUGCUUUUGUUCGCGGCGCGCCAGUUGAGGGUGUUCAGAGUGGAAAAAGUCCACGGUGACUCUUACGCAGGCGGUUCCAACAGCGAGGACAUCGGCAAAGACUGGGAAACCCCCAACUUUGUUAAUCCAGUACCGGACUUUUUAGGAUAUGUCGGAUCAUGGUUAGAUGUCUUAAAAAGAAUGGUAUUUCUGGGCAUGUUGUGGGUGACCCUCGCCAUUAUGUUCAUGACGGGCACUAAUCGUGUCAAUCUGUUUUCGAUGGGCUAUCUCAUCGGUUCUUUCAUAUUCCUGUGGCAAGGAACAGACUUCUAUUUACGUCCAAAGGAAGCAAUUUUGCAAUGGUGGUCCUGGCUCCUCCGCUACAAUGUAUCCGUUGUGGUAGUGAAGGCGCUGCUACAAAUCCCGGGUUGCAUGUUCAGCUCAGUGCUGCAGGAACACGCGUGCUGGCUCGUGCAGCUGCUGGGCAUCGGCUGCGUCGACAAGUUCGCCGGCGGGAACAUCGCCAGGUUUCUUAAGAUGCAGUAUGACAAGGAUUCAAUGUGUUCAGUUCCUCAAGAAGACAUUGGUUUGGCGUGGGAUGGAGUUUGUUUCGCUUUCCUGAUAUUGCAAAGAAGACUUUUCCACAGUUACUAUUUCUACAGAGUUAUCGAUGAAAGCAAAGCUACCACUGUUCUCGCAUCUAGAGGUGCGGAUUUAAUUGAGGAACUUCGUCAAAAACAAAUGAACAUACAAGAGGAACAAGAAGUAAAGAUAUUGGAAAAGAUUAAAGUUAAAAUGGAAAGAAUCAAAGCGAAUCAGAAGAAAAUACAGGGAGUUAUGUCAAAGGAACCCGUACACCACGAUGCAGGAAGUGGUACCGUUUCCGCGCCAGUCACACAUAGGCAUAAAGCACGCGUGAGAACUCCGUUUAAGCCGCCCGCCAGCCAUCAGAAGGCGGUGCGUUCCGGAGACUACUACAUGUUUGAUGAAUUUGACGAUACUGAUGUUCAUUUGAAAGACGAUGAGUCCAGUUCAGACGAAGAAGCACCGAAAACUAUGGGUUUCGGGAAGCUGGUGUCGACGGCCAUCAAGACGGACGUGCGCCGCGCCGUGUCGCUGCGCCGCGCGUCUGCGCCCGCCGUGCGCACGCGCGCCUCCUCGCUCACCUUUCCCUUCUCCUAUCCGCGCCAGGGUCGGACAACUACACCUCGGUCAGAGGCUGUACGGGAAGCAGACGUGGAUGUAAAGGUAUCAGAGCAUGAUCGGCCCGGACCUUCAUCAGAAUUAGAGGAUUUUGCACCGCAACCAGAAUCGGAGUCGUUCAUUGAUAAAUUAAAGGGAUUCUUAGACACCACUACAGCCUUUAUAUCUAGUAUACUUGUAUCCUUGACGCGUCACCUAAUGAAGUAUUCGCGAGAUUACAGAUACGUUUCGCGUACGUUAUCUGUUGAAAAAAAGAGGCUCAAGGAGAAGGAAGGCUUCGGUAUCGGUCGACGAGAAGGUUCACAGAUGAUUUGGGAGCCGCUACCCGAAACGCUGUUGCAUCAUAAGGAUGUGACGACGUUGGAAGAGCAAGACGACUCGAUGUUUAAGCAAGAAAAGUCUCCGAUAAUACAUCUCGUUUAUGCAUUGUGGUAUGCGGUCUUGGCGCAUACCGACAUAGUUUGUUACAUUAUGGUGUUCAUAAACCAGAUCCAGUCGGCAACAAUUCUAUCCAUUCCAUUACCUCUUAUGGUGUUUUUAUGGGGAACUUUGACCAUACCGCGACCAACUAAAACCUUUUGGGUUACUCUAAUUGCGUACACUGAGGUCAUAGUAUUAAUAAAAAGCAUGUUCCAAUUCGAAAUCUUACCGUGGAACCAAAAAGCCAUACCAGCGAACAUGCCUUUCACUGCGCCGAGAAUUAUCGGAAUAGAGAGGAAAUUCAACUAUGCAUUAUAUGACCUACUUCUUCUACUCAUUAUAUUUUUACAUAGAUUUAUGUUGAAAUCGUUGGGCUUGUGGAAGGAAUCAACGCCGGAGGUAGAAUUAAAAGAGGAUAUGGAGUAUCCCUUGAAUCCUUCUGAUACCCAAUUGUUGGUCGAAGGUCGAGGUGAAGAAGUCGGUCGGAAGUAUCUGGAGAUGCACGAAAGGCCGACCCCGCCCGCACAAACGGAAACGAAUGAUAUAUCUGAAACCCCGAAAAAAACGGUAGAAUUAAGAGAACCUGAACAAACGGAAGAUCACGACUUAGAACAAGAACCUGGUCCCUCUAAAGUCAUAGACGACGAUCAUUACAAAGUCAAUGACGACCAAGAACCGAUAAUUGCUGUUGCGACGACGCUAGAAGAUACAUAUAGCCACUAUCCUCAAGUAAUUGUGUUAUCCGUGAAGCGCUACCUGUCGCCCACGCGGCACUUCUUCCAGCGCAUGCUGGCGCCGGGCGCGCGCGUCACGGCCGACAUCUACGCCUACAUGUUUCUCUGCGACUUCUUCAACUUCCUCGUCGUUAUAUUCGGCUUCGCUGCUUUCGGAACUCAUCAAGGGGACGGCGGGGUGCAGGCUUAUCUGGAAGAGAACAAAGUACCGAUCCCAUUUUUGGUGAUGUUGAUUCUUCAAUUCGGUCUGAUCGUGAUAGACCGCGCGCUCUACCUGCGCAAGUUCAUGCUGGGCAAGAUAUUAUUCCAAUACGCACUCAUAAUCGGCGUGCACAUUUGGAUGUUCUUCGUAUUACCCUUCAUCACUGAGAGAACAUUCAACGCUCUGUUGCCGCCGCCCAUGUGGUACAUGGUGAAGUGCGUGUACCUACUGCUGUCCGCGUAUCAGAUCCGCUGCGGAUAUCCGCGCCGCAUCAUCGGCAACUUCCUCUGCAAGUCCUACCACUUCCUCAACAUGGUUUGCUUUAGAGGAUUUAUGGCUGUGCCUUUCUUGUUCGAGUUACGCACACUGAUGGACUGGAUCUGGACGGAUACAUCUAUGACGUUCAUGGACUGGCUCAAAAUGGAAGAUAUAUUCGCCAGUGUUUUCUUACUGAAGUGCUCGCGCUACGUGGAGGACGAGUUCCCGCAGCCGCGCGGCGCCAAGAAGUCGGCGACGUCCAAGUACCUGCUGGGCGGCGGGGUGCUCGCCUUCGUCAUCGCCAUCAUCUGGUUCCCGCUCGUAUUCUUCGCCUUCGGAAACUCCGUUGGGCAACCGAAUCCACCAACAGACGUUACGGUAAAAAUUCGAAUCGGACCAUUUCUGCCGGUCUACCAGAUGUCGGCACAAUCGCAUAAUAUAGACGUCUUCACGGAGCAGGACUACACGCAGCUGAGCAACCAGUACGCUCGCGACCGCACGGCGCAGACGUUCCUGUCCAACUACAUGUACAACGACGUGGCCGUCGUCACCAUCAACCCCAACUCCACCAUGACGUGGCAGAUCUCACCGCCCGAGCUCGCCCGCCUCGAGAAGGAGGCCGUCUCCAAUGCGUCGCUUGCGGUGAAAUUCACAUACGUCAUCACACAUCAGAGCAACAACGCGCAGAACCCGCCCACCAUAGACAGCAAUCGCGAGGUGCCGCUGGACGCCUACAUUGACGGGAAGCCCAACCCCGAGAGGGAGACGCUGCUGAAGCUGCUGGCGGACACCGCAAAGCCCGACACUUGGCUAAAUGUGAAGAUGCUUUUCCCGAAAUUCCUAAAAGUCUUCAAUAAAGGCACUUCGAAGCCUGCCUACCAAUUGAUGCCCCCGAUAUCGGGGACGGAGCACGACGACGCGCGGUUCUACCGCGACGUGCAGUUGCGCCUCGAGCGCGAGGGGGACAGCGUGUACUGGCGCGUGCGGGAGGCCUGCCAGCCGUCCGAUUACCUCGCAGCGAUUCCGAUGAACAACUGUGAUAUGCUCGUCAUGUACACUUUCAAUGACAAACUCUUCCCGGAGACUCUCAAUUUUAUAUCAGGAGGAGGAAUAAUCGGGCUGUACACGACGUUCGUGUUCCUGGCGUCGCGCGUGCUGCGCGGCUUCUUCUCGGGCAUCUACACCAAGAUCAUGUUCGACGACCUGCCCAACGUCGACCGCGUGCUGCAGCUGUGUCUCGACAUCUAUCUGGUUCGCGAGGCUUUAGAGCUGUCCCUAGAAGAAGACUUAUUUGCGAAAUUAGUAUUCUUGUAUCGAUCGCCAGAGACCAUGAUAAAAUGGAGUCGACCGAAGGAAGAAGACAGUCAAGAACAAAGAGCACUACCAGCUCCAAACUGAUCUGCAUUGAGGUUUUAAUUGGUCCGAAGACACAUAUUACCGAUAUGUCGAGAUUAAUAUAUUAAUCAAUUAAAAGAAAGGAAAUGAAGUAGAAAUAAUUAUUGAAAUGAAGGACUUUUCCUACAAUAUAUAUCUUAUGGUUGACAACGAAGAAAAUCUUUUAAAUAGGUUUCAUAUUUUCGUAUCUAUUAUUCAUCUUUAUACAAACAUAGUAGCUGUACAUUUUAUUUAAAAAUAAUCAAAUUAAUUUAUAUAGUGAUAAUUUUAUAUUUAUAUAUAUUGUUGUAAAAACUGGAUAACUUGUUCGUCCAUAUAAUGUCAGCUUCAAAUCUUAGAUAAAAACGUUGAUACACAUUAAUCGUUUCAAAAGGAAUAAUGCGAUAGCUAAAAAUAUAUCUUCAUAGGUAUUUGUUUAGUUCUUUAAAAAGGAAAACAAUAAAAAAAUCCAAGAAAUCUAUAUAAAUUUGGUAACCAUUUGAGAUACCAUGUAAAUGAAUAAAUAUAGUUUAGGGUAUAAAAUACGUACUGUACAGUAAGAAGGUAAUUAGGAACCUUAAGAAUAAUGCCUGUGCUUAAAUAUUUGAAUUUUACAUAUAUAACUCGAGAAACGGAUAAAUAAGUCGGUCACGUAAAUGUUAUCCAUACCUAAUAAUUUAUGUGUAUGUUAACAUGUAUGUGUAAUCGCAAAAAAAUUUAAACCGUUCUAAUAUUUUUCACAAUAAUACGUGCUAGUUUUUGUGCUUUAGAACAUAAAUGUACAAGCCACAUAUAAUUCGUAAUAGCUUUGUACAGAUAAUAUUUGGUAUAUUAAGAAACCUCUUAUAGAGAAAUGGUGCCUAUGGAUUUAUGGAACAGCAACAAUGUAGGGAUCCAUCCAUUGACUGUCGAUAAUUCAUCAAGACACAAAUAUUUACAACUAUUUCUAGCACAACUAUUUGUAUUUUGUACCUGCACUUAGUAAUUUAUUAGUACUUAAUAAAUAAAAACUUGUAGUAUCUACGCUCUCUAAAUGUAAAACGGUUUAUAAUAUUUCAAUUUAAUUGAGUAUCUUCCUAGUCCUAUAUAUAGAAUAUUACAAUUUUAUUUUUGGAUAUUAAAUGCUGUAAUCUUACUAUAUCUUUUUAUUUCCGAAUAAAAGUUCGAUUAAAAGAUCGUCUUUUGUGAUUUAACUGCCUGAUUAAAGUAAUUGUUAUUACUAUAUUUUCUUUUUCACUUUGUUUAUCUGACUUCAUAUUGUAUUAUAUACGAUGUUAGUCGAAUU